CUCUGCUGCAAUCGCGUCAUCAGAGGUCGCCGGCGAUAUGCUGUUUGCGCAUGCGCAGUUGUGUGCGGCUAGUCUUGGAAAACAGCGAGCUGCCCGGACUGCUCUGAAUCUGAUGUGUAGUAGCUGGUUGACGGCGAUCUGUGUAAUCUUACUAAGAAGCGGAGAUGGCGCACAUAACCAUCAAUCAGUAUUUACAACAGGUGUCGGAGGCUAUUGAAUCGAAAAAUGGUUUCAGUUUCUCGGACCUGGUUUCAUUUCGACAUCCUCACAUUGCAAACCCCAGACUACAGUUGUCUGCUCCAGAAGAAAAGUGUCAGCAGAUGCUGGAGCCUCCCUAUGAUGAAAUGUUUGCAGCUCACUUAAGGUGCACAUAUGCUGUUUCCAACCAUGAUUUUGUGGAGGCAUACAAAUGUCAGACUGUUGUUGUUCAAUCUUUUUUGAAAACUUUCCAGGCCCAUAAAGAAGAAAACUGGGCCUUGCCGGUUAUGUAUGCGAUUACUCUGGAUUUGCGGAAUUUUGCCAAUAGUGCAGAUCUACAGCUGGUUAAAAAAGGAAAAGGAAAAAUUGGAGAUAUGUUAGAAAAAGCUGCUGAGCUAUUAAUGAGCUGCUUCAGAGUGUGUGCAAGCGAUACCCGUGCUGCCUUCGAUGACUCUAAAAAAUGGGGAAUGCUGUUUCUCGUCAAUCAGCUUUUUAAGAUUUACUUUAAGAUCAGCAAACUUCACUUAUGCAAACCUUUAAUCCGAGCUAUCGACAGCUCCAAUUUUAAAGAUGACUACGCAAUGUCACAAAGGGUCACUUACAAAUACUACGUUGGUCGCAAAGCCAUGUUUGACAGUGAUUUCAAGAAAGCUGAGGAAUACCUAUCAUUUGCUUUUAAGAACUGUCCCAAUUCCUGUCAGAAAAAUAAAAGAAUGAUUCUCAUAUACCUGCUGCCAGUGAAGAUGCUGUUGGGUCACAUGCCAACCAUUCAGCUGUUGAAACAAUACGACUUGAUGCAAUUUGCAGAAGUUACAAAGGCUGUCAGUGACGGUAAUCUGCUGCUGCUUUCUGAGGCUUUAGCCAAACACGAGUCCUUCUUCAUCCGCUGUGGCAUCUUCUUGAUUCUGGAGAAGCUGAGAAUAAUCACUUGCAGGAACCUUUUUAAGAAAGUGUAUCUGUUACUACGCACACAUCAGCUGUCUAUGGAUGCCUUUUUGGUUGCCCUAAAAUUCUUGCAGGUGGAAGAUGUGGAUAUCGAUGAAGUGCACUGUAUUAUAGCUAAUCUUAUUUACAUGGGACAUAUAAAAGGUUACAUCUCUCAUCAGCAUCAAAAGCUUGUGGUGAGCAAGCAAAACCCUUUUCCACCACUGUCAACAGUCUGCUAAGAAGUGAAGAUGAAGAAUGGUCUGGUCUUUAAGUGGGAGCCCAUAUCUUAGGCAAAAGUCAGUGUUUCAGUAGCAGAAAUCCUUGUCAAGAAAUAAGCUUUUUGCUUAGUUUCACAAUUGUACAAUUUCUUACUUCAUUUUUAUUUCUCGGACGUCCUAAGUGGAUGCUGGGGACUCCGUCAGGACCAUGGGGAUUAGCGGCUCCGCAGG